AUAAAAGCCGCGAAAUGAUUACAUCUUUAAAAAUGGCAGCCUCCAUACUUCGCAAAGCGCUUGGUACCGUUCCGGUUCAUUGGAAUGCGCGAACAUCAUUUGUUCUAAUGUCUGCCGCAUCUCGAUAUUCGUCGCAGCCGUUUCACGUUGAACACGACGAGAAGAAUAAAGAGUUCUUCAUAAGAUUGGGGAAAGAUAAGGCUGUUCUCCAGUACGAAGUUGUCAAUGCCACAACACUAGACCUGGUCCAUACUGAAGUCCCAGAGUCGAUGAGGGGUCAGGGAAUUGCGAAGCAUCUUGCCAAGGCAGCUUUCGACCAUCUUGUGGAGCGCCAUCUUAAGGGAAAGCUUACGUGCACUUACCUUGCAAAAUAUGCGAGGGAAUCGACGAAUCCGGAAUAUGCCGAACAUACUUUUCUAUGACGUGUAGAAGCUGUAUAAUGCAUACGUUUGGCCACUUGCAUGAUAGUCAGCUAAACACUAUACACUUCAAAUGCAAACUGUUAAAGUUAAAACUAUUAAUGUUAAAUUAAUGUUAAGUACUUAAGUAUUAGUAUUAAGUUAAUCAAGAUUCAUUAAGUUAUAUUAAUGAAUGUCAAUUAAAACUAACUAUUAAAACUAUUUAAUGCAGAAAACUACACAAGAAGCCCAUGUCUGCCUUGCUUCAUGUAAACAGUUCAUCAAACUGCAUUCACAUAGCCCUUGUAUUAACCAAUCUGGGUGUGAGGCAUCCUUUUCUUUAUCUGAUCCAUUGCACUGCAGAGAUACAAGCUAAUUAUGUAGUAACACAUUGGCCAUGUACUUCUCUGUCAUGACAUGUUGCUUGCUCUCGUGCUUCGAAAGGACAUAUGUCGCACCCUGACGAAAGUUUUCAAAGCCUCAUCGCAGGAAACAGAAAAAAGCAUACUUUGACAUGUUUAUUGCCUUUCUCUGAGACACUAAAUUACACGUACGUCAAUCAUGUCUAAUUAGCCAAAGCAUGUUCGUAACAAUGCGCAACAAAUAAUUCUCUCAAACGUCUAACAGCACUGUACAACAUGGCUGUUUCUCUGCUAAGUAUACAGUGUAAUUCGUUGCGAAUAAAAACAACUUGUCAGACCUGGGGGCAGGCACCGAAAACAGAGGACAGACAAAAAAAAACGGUGGCCCGCGCUGCAGAUCUGACGGACCCGUAUCAGUGUUCUGGCACAUAGUGCAAAAAAAAACAGUCACGAAAAAAAUGACAAAAAUCAUGCGAAAGAGACAAAACUCAUCUUGCACAGAAUUGCACAAGACUAUUUUGUAAGCACUGUGUAUACAAGAAAGCUCUUAUUGUUGCAAACCCUGGGUUUAAGCUGGCAGCAAAACAUGCCUGCACAUGCUUUUUUGCACUCCACUAUAAUACAUGUAUGCAGACACACACACACACACACAUAUGGGGUGGAAAAACUGCAUGCCAUCCCGUCAGUGUGGACUCUGCAAGUAGCAAUGUUACAAUUCUCCUCAUACAUGACAGUCUUACAUGGUAUGCAAUGGUUUCAUUUCCUUCACCUUUGUAAAUAUCUACUUUGAAUAAAGAGUAUAAUUAGUCCAC